AUGUCGGAUACGAAUAGCAACAAUUACAAUAGCAAUGCGUCUGAAAACGGGCCGGUAACCACCCAGUUCUACAACUACCAUGAAUAUCAUUGCCCGUAUAACGAAUCGUUGAUCAUCACACACCAUCCAAACCCAUACCCUUUUCCGUAUCUGGACAUGGAAACCAGAGUGGUUCGAAUACCACGACUCCCGACAGUGGACUUCCCACAGUUUAGCAAUUGUCUUCCUGGUCUGGAGCCUGUUGCGAUCAGAGGGAAUGAGGAAAACAAGAAGGAAGCAGACGGGUUUCGUUUCGUCCCAUCAACUUAUACGUAUAUGAACCAACACUUCGGCAAUACAUCGGUGUCUCCGCUAUCCAACUACAUUGAAGAACUGGAGUUCACAGGUAUAGUGGACAAAAUCAACGCUUACUUGUAUGAAAUAUAUGCCGGAACUGGAACCAACAUGAUUUGGCUGUUGGCCAACACGGUGUUGUUAGAUCUUCCAAGCAUAGUCAUUCUAUUAAUUCAGAAAUUGUUAGGUUUGCAACUAAUACAGGCCAAGAACUUCAAACUAGAAGCGUACGUGGAUGACCUAAACGGCACGUUUCGGGACCACCGCAGGCCAAUACGAAUAGUGCAGCCUCGUGAAAGUGGCUACCUCAGUCUUGACUGGGUUAUUCCUUCCCAAAUAUGA